AUGGCAACAGCAAUGCAAAACGAUGAUAUCGCCAUCGAACAAUGGAAACUUCGUCGAACUGUUCAAUAUUUAUCAUCUUUACGUGGACGUGGUACAUCAUUAGUUACAAUAAUUAUUCCUGCUCAAUCACAAUUAUCACGAACAACGAAACUUCUUUCUGAUGAAUAUGCUCUUUCAUCAAAUAUUAGAUCUUCUCAAACACGAAAUAAUGUUCAACAAGCAUUAUCUUCUGCACAAGGACAACUUCGUAGAUAUACACAAAAUACAUUACCAGUGAAUGGUCUCGUUGUUUAUGCAGGUAUUGUUUACGAUGAAGAACAACAUCGUGAAACAAAAAUAUCUAUGUGUAUUGUACCAUUACAACCAUUACAACAUGGUUUAUAUCGAUGUGAAACACAUUUUAUAACUGAUUUUCUUCAAAAACAAAUCAUAGAUAACGUCAAUGAUUUCAAUGCACGUCGAUUUGGAGUUAUUGUCAUUGAUGGUAAUGGAACAUUAUUUGCACGGAUUGAUUCACAACAAGGUGCAACAAUUCUUAAACGUUUUCAAGUUAGUUUACCUAAGAAACAUGGCCGUGGUGGACAAUCAGCACUACGUUUUGAACGUUUACGUCGUGAAGCAAUUCAUAAUUAUUUAACUAAAGUUGCUGAAAAUGCUAAAUCAGUUUAUAUUAAUAAUCAGCAACAUGGUUUAUCUAAUGUUGACGGAUUCAUCAUAAGUGGUUCAGCUAAUUUAAAACAUGAACUUGUUAAAAGUGAAUUACUUGGAUUACAAAUACAAAAUAAAAUUCUUCGGCUUAUUGAUGUUAGUUAUGGUAGUGAUAAUGGUUUACAAGAAACAAUUCGUUUAUGUAAUGAUUUAUUUGCUGAUAUGAAAUUAACACAAGAAAGACAAUUACUUGAUGAUGUUUUUAAUCAAAUCAAUUUUUCAUCAACAACAAAUGAAACAAAUACUGUUUCGUAUACAGUAGGUGUCGAUGAAACAUCACUUAUUCUUAAUGAAGGUAGUAGUCUUAUUGAUCGUUUAAUUAUUUGGGAAGAUUUAACAACAAAACGUUAUGUAUAUGAAAAACGUGAUAAAGAAAAAAUUGUUAUUAUUGCUGAAAAUCAAGAUGAAGCACAAAAGAAAUUAAAAAUUAAUGAUAAUGAACAAAUUGAAUGUAUUGAUGAAAUGGUUUUUAUUGAUUAUUUAACUGAAAAUUAUAAAGAACUCAAUAUUCAUUUACAUAUUGUAACUGAUCGUUCACCUGAAGGACAACAAUUUCGACUCGGUUUUGGCGGAUGUAUUGCUAUGCUUCGAUAUCCUGUUACAACAACUCUUUUUGAUUCUCUCAAUAAUAAUAAUAAUAGUGAUAGCAUUGAUGAAUAUGACUAUUAA